AUGGAAGAGGACACGGUCACAACGCCGCUGGCGCCUCUAGAGCCAAUUAAUCUGGUGGUUAUAGGCAAAGAUGGGACGGGAAAGACAGCCCUUAUCGUCCGGCUCCUGACACGACGCUUCAUCCACGAGUAUGACCCCAGCCUCGUCAGCGUGUACCCCUUCACGAUCGAAGACGACGGCGAAGCGCUCAGUCUGAACCUCAUGGACACUGCUGGAAAGUCCAGGCCGGAGCCUAGCGAGGUGGACUGGGGCGACGGCUUCCUACUGGUCGUGUCCCUGACAAGCCCAGAGUCGGUGCGCGCAGCCGAACUGAUGCACGCCUGGCUGCAGGACAGUGCGCCCGGAAAACCUUUGGCGUUGGCAGCUACCAAGAGGGACCUCGUGCAGGCACGAGCCGUCAGUUCGCACGAGCUUGCGGAACUCGCCGAGAGGUGGCACUGCGCGUUGUACGAGACGGCCGCCACGGGAGACUACGAAGACGUUGCCCGGCCGUUCCUCGAACUGGCUCGCCGGGCGAGGACGCUCAAGUCGCGCCGGCAGCUGUUUCCAAACAUAGAGCCCGUGUCGCCGCCUCCAGGUGCCGACGGUUCUAAAAGACCUUACAGAGCACGACAGCUCACCAAGUGACUGCUACAGAAUGGAACGCGAACUUCCGGAUGACAGGCAACGCUUGGUCCGGGAAGGCUUUCGAACCACAAACACAGAGUUAUCGCUUGAACGAGCUUCAUUCCUCUGUCCGAGACCCAAUCGAAUGUUUGAGCGAUACUUGGCCUGACGUAUCUCUAUAUGAAAAAAAAAAUAAACUGGAAGGACCAUGGUCUUCUUU